AUGUGCGACGCCGCAGUGUCCUUCUUCCAGCGAGGCUGGCAGGCCACCAAAGAGGAGCUGCAUCGCACCAUUGACAACAUCCGUAGCACCAAGUUGAACCUCGCCCUCCUCUUCGCUGUGUUCUGUGUCUUGUUCGUUAUCGUAGGCAACGUGAUUCUGCUGAUCGCGAUGAAUUUUUGGAUCGCGCAGUUUCCCAGUGAUGCCCUGGCACACAAUUCCAGCCAGAUCGCCAUCCAGGUGGUCACCAUGCUCCUGCUGGUCUUUCUGUUCUCUGCGAUGGCUAGCGCCUUCGCCGUCUUCUAUGGCGCGCUGCCGUUGUGGCACGUACUGGCAGAUCGCAAUCGUGUCGGCGGGCCGUGGUACCGCCUCUUCCUGCUCUUCGCCUCCGGCGCGUCGAACGGCAUCAGCAGCGUUCUGGCCGUGUACGCCAUGACGUACACCCCCGAGUUUAUCCAGGCAGUGCUGCUCUGCUGCAUCCCGUUUAGCGCGCAAGCCUGGACCGUCAUCUUCAUCCCCACUGAGCGCAAGCGCGACUACCUCUCCCUGUGCUUUGUUGCGUCUUUCCUGCUGUUCGUGGCAGGCGUGCUGCUGUCGAGUCUGUCGGCAUUCCUGCACCCCAACGAGCAAGGCGAGAAGGCAUCGUGGGCAUGGGCACUCAUCUACCUUGCGAGCUCCAUCCUCUUCGGGCUGUGGUGCGUGGUGCAACGGCUGUAUCUGGACGCUGUCGCGCGGAAGGUGCCACUGGAGGCAGAGGGCAAGGCAGCGGCGCAGGAUGGAGCUCCAGGCGCACCACGUUGCGCGAAGUCGAGGGAAAACAGCAGCCGCAGUGCAAUCGUGGAAGUCGACGACUCGCCACAUCGGUGGCGUGCUACGAUGGAGGAGACUGGCCGCCAUGGCCCGCAGUGUGGGAAGCUGCGCGACGAGUCUCACACGGAGGAGCCAGACGUCGGCAUGAUAUCAGCCACGACCACGGGUGCCUCACACCUGGCGCACGGUAGUCCCGCCACUGACACAGUGCCCCAGUGCACGAAGACGGACGCCGGUGUCGCGGCGGGUGCCGCCUGCGCCGAGGAAGGCCUACACUUCUCCGACAUGGAGAGUGACAACGAGAUGCCGCUGUCGCCGUCCGCGGAGCUGCUGGUAAAGCGGCACUGGGGCAGCCAGAACGUCGAUGACAACGCCGCCAAGGUGAUGCUUCUCGUGGUGGGCCUGUUGUUCCAGCUGCUGGUCUCCUUUAUUAUGUUUCCGGUCGACGCGAUUCCAUGGUUUGGCACCUCCAGCUCGGUGCUGCACGCGUGGGAAGGCUUCCGCAACUCGAUAGAUUUCAUAUUCGCCUCCUGGAUUCAUGCGCGUCACGGACUUCUUCUUACCCUUGGCUUCGCGAUGAGCUUUGUUGGGUGCACGUACCUGAACGAGCACAGCCCGACGCUGGCCUCGGUGGUGUUGCAGCUCGCCGGCCCCAUCACGUCGCUGAUCAUCAUAAUCAUCCCGCAGUGGAACGUGUACCAGGACAGCAGCAGCGUAGGCCACAAGGUCGGCGGCGUGAUCCUGCUCCUCAUCGCGGCGCUGUUGUACCACCUGUGGGAGCAGCAGUCUCUGCGCGUACUGCUGGCGAAAGCGGAGGAGGCGAAGCGCCGGCGUGAGCGCGCUGCGACUGACGGUGCCGAGGCCACGGAGGAGCGUCUGAUCGACAGGGACGACCGCGCCACGCGUGAGGCGCCGAGCGAGUUUGCUUGCAGAUGA